GUGAAAAAGGCGGGAAGUGGCGCAAACGUCACGUGCGCUCCUCUCUAGGCGUGGCCUGUUCUCGCGGCGGUCCGCCCCCUCAGGGUGGUUGUGUUGGGUACCUGCCACUUGGGUGGCUCAGGGAUGGCACGAGCUCCCCACCCUGCUUUAGACUGGCGUUGUACCUCCCACCUCUGUGUGCUCCCCAGGUUGUGUCCAGCAGUGAUGGCAUCUGAUCGGGGGCCUUUGGGGGAUCUAGGAUGUGAGCUGCCCCAGCAAGGCAACAGUGGUGCCUCCUUGCCCCCAUGCCAGGUGACAGAGGAGGACCUGACAGCCAACCCUGGCUUGGCCACCCUGCUGCAGGGUCUGGCUGGGCACAUGGAUGCCAGUGGACUCAGCACUGGCCUGGCCCGCCAACUACAGCAGGUGCAGAGGGAGCUGCAGCUGCAGCGGGUAGCCUGGCUGCGCUGGGAGUGCCUACACCGGCUUCUGCAGGAGGCGCUCUUGAAGGCGGACACCGGCUCUGCCCCCCGGGACAAGAAGUUUCUGGAGACCUUGGAGCGGUGCCUGCGGUUGGGGGAGCUGAGACUUAUUGUGGGCCUCGGCCCUGCGCCCUGUGCCGCCAGCCCCAUCCUGCUCGGCCUGGAGGUCUCUGACCUGCAGGAGCUGCUGCCCCCAAGCCAGGAUCUGGCACUGCUGCGGGAGUGCCUCCCACCAGACUUGGAGGAGCGGCUGCAGCACAGGGCACUGGCCUUGCUCAGCUACUACUGGCCGGAGAGCGAUGGGGCAGGAGCGGCAGAGCGUGCAGCCCAGCUGGGGAUGCUGGCUGAGGUGCUGGCUGCUGAGCAGCGACGUCUCCGGGAGGCACGGGUCCAGCGCCGGGACCUCAUUGGCCUGCUGGAGAGGCAGCGGGCAGCCUAUGGCCAGGCGCUGGAGCAGUGCCGGGGCCUGCUGUGCCAGCUGGCGCAAGAGUAUCGCCUAGGCACUCAGGCUGAGCUGGACCAAAGCAAUGCCCAGUACCUGGAGACCAAGUGCAGCGCCAUGUUGCUCAAGGCCCGGCUGGAGGAGCUGAGCAUACUGCUGGACACCUACCCUCCGGAGAAGGUGGAGGUGCACCGAGCCAUCAAGGCAGAGUUGCAGGUGGCCGUAGAGCGGCAGGAGAAGGAGCUGGCACAGGCACUAGAGCUGCUGGCUGCCUAUGAGACGCUGGGCCCUGACUUUGCUGCCCUGGCUGAGGAGUACGCGCAGCUCCAGGCACAAGCUGAUAACCGGCGUUGGGCCCUCCGUGAGCUGGCGGGGGGCUCCCCACAAUAAAUCAGCUCUGACCUUUGUACUGCA